AUGGUUUACACUACUAGACAAAUUGGUGCUAAGAACACCUUGGACUACAGAGUUUUCAUCGAAGACGAUGGCAAGCCAGUCUCUCCAUUCCACGACAUCCCAUUGUACGCCGAUGAAGAGAAGCAAAUCUUCAACAUGGUUGUCGAAAUUCCUCGUUGGACCAAUGCUAAGUUGGAAAUCACCAAAGAAGAGGAUUUGAACCCAAUCAUUCAGGACACCAAGAAGGGUAAAUUGAGAUACGUCAGAAACUGUUUCCCACAUCACGGUUACAUUCACAACUACGGUGCCUUCCCACAAACGUGGGAAGACCCAAACCAAAUUCAUCCAGAGACUAAAGCUGUUGGUGACAACGAUCCUUUGGAUGUUCUAGAGAUUGGUGAAACCAUUGGUUACACUGGUCAAGUUAAACAAGUUAAAGUUUUGGGUAUCAUGGCUUUGUUGGAUGAAGGUGAAACUGACUGGAAGAUCAUCACCAUUGACAUCAACGAUCCAUUGGCUCCAAAGUUGAACGACAUUGAAGAUGUUGAAAAAUACUUCCCAGGUUUGUUGAGAGCUACCAACGAAUGGUUCAGAAUCUACAAGAUCCCAGACGGAAAGCCAGAAAACCAGUUCGCUUUCUCCGGUGAAGCCAAGAAUAAGAAGUAUGCCUUGGACAUCAUCAGAGAGACUCACGAGUCCUGGAAGCAAUUGAUCUCUGGUAAGGCUCCAGACAACAAGGGAAUUGCGUUGGUUAACACCACUGUCUCUGACUCUCCAACCUACUCUCCAUCUAUUGCCUCCAAGAUUCCAGCAGCCUCUCCACAACCAGAUGGUCCAAUUGACAAAUCUGUCGACAAGUGGUUCUUCAUUUCUGGUUCCGCCUAA